AUGUAUCAAAUGAAGUAUUUAUUGACACAAAACACUACCAGACAGUCAGUGCUCGUGACCAUUGGUAUCAUAAUAUCCACUUCUUAUUGGCACAGAAAGCGUUUCCAACGGAUCCCACAAUAUAUGACCAAAAAUAAGCUCAGCUUUAGAACCGCUGCGAUGGACGGCCCCAACAAACCCGUCGACGCCAUACACCUGCAGACAGCCUCGAGUUUUGUCAAACCCAACACCGGCUCCGGGGUUAUCGUCAGGGGCCCGGACUUAGUGCUCACCGCUUGUCAUGUGGUGGAGGACUCUUGGGAACUACGGGUGCAUCAGCUCAUAAGGGAUGCCGCGGGGGACAUACGUACCUCUCCCGACCACUCAUACAUAUAUAAGGCAUACCUCGUGUACGUCGAGCCCCAAAUCGACUGCGCCCUCAUCCGCAUCGUCGACGGCAGCAAACUGUUGACGGCUCCCUUGAAGGCACCGGUAGUUCCCGGCGAAGAGGUGUUGGCCAUCGGAGUGCCCGACGAUAACGACUACUCCAUCAGCGACGGUGUGCUCGGCUGCGCCCGCAGACCCAUGACUGCCAUUUCCGGCGAACAGAGCUUUAACGACCAGAGGGGACACUACAUACAGAGCGACUGUCCCAUUGGUGUCGGCUUUUCCGGCGGUCCGUUGCUUAACAGGAGGCGCGAUGUGAUUGGCAUUAAUUGGGGCGGAAUUCCCUAUAUUCGCAAUACUCUCAGUACGGGAUCUGAUUUGUUCAAUGAUUUCAUCGCAAGAGGUCUGCAAUACGAAGAGCGAAGAGACAGAGACAGCGCUAAAAGGCAUACAUUUAUUGGCGCCAAAACGCCAAUACCCCCAGAAAUCGAUGCCUUGAGAGGACUCCUGAUUUUCAGUAAAAUCAGAUCCAAUUCCCCGCAACAGCUGAAUGAAUUGCAAUUAUAUGACUUAAUCAUAGCAGUGGACAGCCAUCCGAUCGCUACAGUGGCAGACCUGAGACGGUUUAAAAUCUGCGAUAAGAUUGACAUAAAUAUUAAAACUAAAAUCACAAAACUUCACGUUUUCGACGCUUUCGACAAAAACAUUAAGAAUGAGACAAACAUAUUAUUUGUGACAAACAACGACACUGUCUAUGGUUUGGGCUCUAAUACUAAUGGAUGCCUGGGUUUGGGUCACGAGGAUGUCGUGGAAACACCACAAAUUAUACCACAAUUAAGUUGUCAACAAAUUCAACAGUUUAUCAAUGGAAGUGACUUUGUGUUGGCUAUCAAUGACAAUAACCAUGUGUUCAGUUGGGGUCUCAAUAAUCGUGGACAUCUAGCCCUCACCACCGAUGGACAGGUGUACGGGUGGGGCGAUAAUAAUCGUGGACAAGUAGGUUGCGGUUACCAACAAAAUCAAGCCUACGGAUCUAAUGAUAAAUACAUGAAUAAAAUGAUGACUGAAGUGCAGAAUCUGCUAAAAGUUCGCUCUGAAUAUUGUGUUCAGUAUUUCAAUUCAUGGACCGAAAGCAAACACUUCUACAUUCAGAUGGAGUUCUGUUCACAGAAUUUAAGGAAUAUUCUUGAAAUCAAACCACAAGUAUUUGGCCGACAAUCAGGAGAAACCAUGAAUUGUAUCGAGUAUUUCAUUUCGUGUGAAAUAUUCCGUCAGAUCUUAGAAAGUGUUGAAUUUGUUAAGUUAUGCGACUUUGGUUUGGCUGUAGUUCACGACAAAUACAUGAACAGUAAAACAGAUGUAAAGCACACCUCACGGGUGGGAGACAUGCGAUAUAUGGCUCCAGAAGUGCUUCAGAGCACAAGAUAUGACCACAAAUCGGAUGUCUAUUGUUUGGCAAUCAUUGGUUCAGAA